CAUGAUAUAGGGACUGUUUUUAUAAGUCAGAUCUUAGAUAUAAUGUGGGGGAAUGCAGAUUCUGAUUGGUCAAGUUUUUACGAAAUAUUUUAUCUUCCUUUUCACCAUUAAUUGGAUUCGAUUCAAGAAAUUCAGUUGGUUGAGUGACAAUUCGGAGAAAUGAUGUCACCGGUACAGCAUAGAAUCCGUAAUUCAAUUUGGCCAACUAUUGUCAUCACCCUUCUUAAAACAUUUUAUAAAUUUAGGAUCGCUAUAUUUUUAGCUAGUUGUGAACUUGGAUGUGCUUCAGCUGAUUCUGAGCUAAGAAGAGUGUACGAGCUGAACAGAGACUACUUGCCCGAACGUUUCAAACAGCUUGGCAUCCAUGGUCAUAUGGAUUUCUUCGCCGGGGACCAGAACAGGUCACUCUAUGUACCUUCCUUUGUGGAGAAUGAAAUCUGCCGUAAUGAUAGUCAGCUGUACUUAGAUGGCAUCAGAAACUACAACGUUUGGGCUUUGAAAAUGUUGGAUGCUUCUGGAAGAGUCCCCUCCGGUCUAUUGAACGGUCAUUACAUGGAUUUGGGAAAUUUCGAGGAAUGUAUGUACACAGCUGGAGAGUCUCCCUUUGAUAUCAACUAUUGCCUAAUUGUUAUGAGGAACCUAACUAAAACACCGAAAUCACCUAUUGACUGGGACUCAGAGGAACGUGAAUUUACGGUAGGGGGAGCUAAGUUCCUAAGGCCAUAUCUCCGCAUAGGCAUUUGCCUCCCAGCCUCUUGUGAUGUGAACGAUUUAAACCAACAUUACUCAGAUGUUAUAUUGAAAUACAACAUGACAGUCAAACUUGACAAGCAUAGUUGUACAUCAAGUAGCGAGCAAGAAAUAAAAUUCGAAAAAUUGGACUGGUUUGCGAUUUUUGUGAUUGUAUUAGUUGGUACUAUUUGUAUUGUGGCAACUAUAAAUGAUGUGUUGAGAAUUUACUUCAACUUCAAGUAUGGAGGCACUGUAUUUGGACUUUUGAGAUGCUUCUCGUUCUAUGAGAACGGGAAGUCAAUUUUGAGAACCAGCAGUUCUGAGAAACCACUCGCUGCUCUACAUGGCAUUAGAGCGCUUUCAACCUUUUGGAUUGUUUUUGCUCAUAAAAUGUUUCAAACUUAUCUGUUUCCAGCGAUCAAUAACAUGCAAUUGACAACGUUUCAUCGGUCAAUUGUCAGCGAUUUAUUCAUAUAUGGUGAACUAUCAGUUGACAAUUUCCUUCUUCUUAAUGGAUUGCUUCUAUUUUACUCAAAGAUAAAAUUGAGUAAGUUAUCAAACAGAAAAUUCAAUGUUCUAUCUUUUUAUACGCAAAGACUAUUCAGAUUGGCGCCAGCAUACUUCUUUCAAAUCCUGUUAGCUCUUAGCCUUUACAGAUUUGUGAAUAAUGGACCUUUAUGGAAGCAUUAUAUCUAUGUGAUUAAAGACAAUUGUUUAGAGAGUUGGUGGACUCAUGUGAUAUUUAUUAACAAUUAUGUAAUGCCCAACAAACAGUGCUCUUCAGCUUUUUGGUACUUGGCUGUAGAUAUGCAAUUGGCCGUAUUCUCACCACUGCUACUCAUACCGAUUCUUAAAGGAAACAAGAUCGUCCCUCUUGUUGUUGUACCAUUGCUUCUUAUACUAGCAAUCAUGAUUUCAACAUUUAUUACUUAUUCAAAAGGCUAUUCUACAACUUUCUUGAAUGACCGAUUGGCAAUGAGAGAAGAUUUAUUUGCUACUGACUACAUUCCCACCCAUGCAAGAAUAUCUCCAUGGCUUUUGGGAGUACUUGUUGGAUAUUUACUGAGUGGAGAAGACCUUAAACUUUCAACGAAGCAAGCCAUUUGUGGAUGGAUUCUUUCAAUUAUACCUUUCGCAUGUAUAUUCACAAUAUCCAGAUACAUGCAUCAGGAAGGAGCUCAAUACAAUUUGACUCUCGCGUCCAUUCAUAAUGGACUCAACAACAUCUCUUGGGCCAUACUUUUGUCAUGGAUAAUUGUUGCAUGUGAGACUGGAUAUGCUGGUCCAAUAAAGACUUUUUUGACUUGGAAGGUUUUCCAGCCAUUUAGUAAGCUGUCUUACACAAUCUACCUAAUUGGUCCUGGAAUUCAAUAUGCAUUCAAUAGUAUGAUGCACACUUCCAAUUCAUAUUCACUAGCACAAACGCUCAAAGACUUCGGUGGUGAAUUAUUAUCCAUAUUGAUGUUGGCUCCUUAUUUCUAUCUACUAUUUGAAGCUCCUUUCAUCAAACUGUACCAGAUCAUGUCAACUGUUAAUAUGAAAGGCUCAAUUGAAAUGGAUUUGGUGAAGAAGGAGAAUGUUGAAGAUGUUGACAAUAAAGAAGCAACUGAGCAACGUUCAAAUUCAACGAUAAUGCUUACAGUGAGUCAAUAGAAGGGGAGUCAGUUACAAAAAACUAGUAAUCAGUUAUCAGUAGAAUCAGUUACUGUACUAUAACUAUAAAAAUAAUUAUGAAGGUUACUUUUUUGUGAAACUCAAUUAAAGAAUAGGCAUUGAUUAGAUUCAGAAAUAUUUUAUUACAAUAUAAUAAUAUUCAAUGUAAUGCUGUUCAAACCGUUGCAGAAUAUAGAAAAAAAUAUAUAAUUAAUAUUGUAUUUUGAUUGACUAGCAUAAUAUGGAUAGUUUGAUCAUAACAAUGAAAAAUAAUGUGUACCAUCAUUUGAGAUGAAAAUGAACCAUUCCGCUACUACUGCACUAUAUUUUAGAGUAGAGUUCUCUGAUUGAAAAUGACUUAAUUCAAUAAGUCUAUGAAUCAUGAUUGAUUUUGUUAAGAAAAAGUAAAUUAUAGCCAAUCCGCUAAUAAAAAU